AUGGACCGCAAAAAUAAUGACAAGAAGACGUCCUCGUCAAAGGGGCAGAAGAAGAUCUGCCAGAGUAGAAUGCCCAAGGCACAGAGAAACACCUGCCGCCACUACCUCGGCGCCCGCUGUAUUUACGGAAGAGACGCUUGUAAUUUCCCUCACAGAGAAGACGAGUUGCCCGCCCACUUGGUGGAAGCAGCACGGCAGCUGGAGGAAGAGGUACAGACGAGAGCAAGAUAUAGCCCCGUAUUCUACAACACCAACGGCAACAUCACUUACCACCACGGUGAUUACGUUAGCCACGGCGAUUACGCUAACAGCAGCACCAGCGGUGCAUACAACCAGGCGCCGUCUCGCUACUUGGGCCCGCCACCGUACUAUCCCGCGGGCGCGAAUUGGGGUCCACCUCAGUUCCAUCAUCAUCAUCCCCCCGGCCCACCGACGGGCUUCAUCCCGUACUGGGAUCCCGCUCCCGCUCACCAUCCGGGCUUCGAGCCCGGACACGGAUAUGGCCUCCCUCUCCCUCCCGUUCCCGCCAACCCGGAACAUUGGCCCGCGGAGGCCGCUGCCGCCGCCUUACCUGAGCCUAGACCCGAACCUGCCCCCAUUCCCAACACCGCUCCUGCCUCAGUCACAGACUCGAAAGAAAACCAUAGGACCACCCGUUGCUGGCACGGCCGCAACUGCAAGAAGCCGGGAUGUCAUUACCUACACGACGGGGACGUCACCGCCAGCUCCAACGGCAACGGCAACGACAAUGGGAACGGCGAGGGUAGCAGCAGCAGCGGCACCAACAACGCUCUGGAAAAUCACAUCCAAGACGCUAUGGACAACGGCCCCGAGAACGGGGGUGUCGAUCUCGGCAACGGAAACGACGACAGCGCUAGCUGGGCGGGCGAUGUCGCUAGACCUCCCAGCUCGAGCCCGACUGACCAGUCCUCCGAGGCAGUCACCCCACAGUCGUCGCCAAGGCAGUUACCGGCUUCCGUGGCUGGCGACGUCACCCCCCCUACCCUGGAGCAUACCUCCGAGGAGCACUCCGAGGAAGAGGCUGACACAGAGCUGUCCACCAUCGAAGAGGAGACUCCAAAGGCGCAGCCUGAGGAGGAACACUCUGAAGAUGAGGAAGGAGAGCUCUCUACCGUGGAGCAGCAAACUCCAGAGACGCCCUCUGAGGGGAAACACCCCCAAGAGGAGGUAGACGUUCCGGCCCCUGCGGGGGAGGCACCCGAUGCAGAGACUCCCACCCAGCCCCCUGCCAGACGCGGGCCCUUGGUCGUUAGCGGACGAAGCGGCUGGGGCUUGAGGAAGGUUAAGGAUAAGCAGAGAGCUGUCUGAAUUCGCAUCCCCCUCCCACCGGGCAGCCCCAUACACAAGCGCUGCGAUCAGACGUCUAGGAGGCGUUAAACGUUACCACCCGGUGCCCUCACAUGAACACAGUAAAUACCAACAUCAUC